AAUCAAAAUAAAAUUUAAGUUUUUAGUUUACAUUCUUGCUUGCUCACAACAUAAUGGCCAACACAGGAGUCUUGCCUUUCGUUAGAGGAAUUGAUUUUACAAGAAAUGAUUUUAGUGAAGAGAGGUUUCCCGAGGCUGUGAGCCAUAUGACUGGAGUGCAAUGGCUAAAGUUGGACAGAACGAACUUGACAGAAAUACCCAGAGAAAUGGGAAACCUUCUAAAACUAGAACACUUGUCAAUGACUAGAAAUAAUUUAGAAAAGUUGUAUGGGGAGCUAACAGAGUUGAAUUGUUUGAGAACGCUCAAUUUACGUUACAAUAAAGUUAAAGCAUCAGGAAUACCAGCACAGUUAUUUAAUUUGGAAGAACUUAAUACGUUGGAUCUAAGUCAUAAUAAUUUAAAAGAAGUUCCAGAAGGCCUCGAUAAAGCAAAGUCACUGUUGGUAUUAAAUUUGAGUUAUAACAGCAUUGACAGUAUACCAAACACUCUAUUCAUCAACCUGACAGAUCUUCUAUUUUUGGAUCUCAGUCACAACAAUUUGGAAACGUUGCCACCACAAACAAGAAGGUUGGCAAAUUUACAAACACUCAUUCUGAAUGAUAACCCCCUAGGUCAUUUUCAAUUACGACAACUCCCCUCACUUCUCAAUCUUCAAACGUUACAGAUGAGGAAUACCCAGAGAAAUCUGAACAAUUUUCCUGCCAACCUAGAAAACCUCACAAAUCUUACCGACGUAGAUUUAUCACAAAACGCACUGCCUAAAGUACCGGAAUCGCUGUAUUCCUUGCUUAAUCUGAAAAGGUUGAACUUGAGCGAAAAUGAAAUAACGGAGGUGUCGACAGCGAUUGAGAUGUGGCAGAAAUUGGAGGUGCUGAAUUUAUCUCAAAAUAAAUUAACCAGUUUACCAUCUUCCUUGUGCAAAAUCUACACUUUGAGAAGGUUGUAUGUGAAUGAUAACAAGCUAGAUUUCGAAGGUAUUCCCUCUGGCAUCGGAAAACUAGGAGCUUUAGAAGUGUUUUCUGCGGCCAAUAACGAAUUAGAGAUGAUUCCCGAAGGUCUGUGCCGAUGCGGUUCUUUGAAAAAACUCAAUUUGAGUUCGAAUCGUCUGAUAACCCUGCCAGAUGCUAUUCAUCUAAUCUGCGAUAUGGAGUCUUUGGACUUGAGGAAUAACCCUGAUCUUAUCAUGCCUCCGAAACCCAAGGAAAUGACGCAGGGAGCUGGCGUGGAAUUUUACAACAUUGAUUUUUCCCUUCAGAACCAACUGAGAUUGGCGGGGGCCAAUGUUCCGGCACCUUUACCCACACAAAAUCCUAGUAAAGAUCCAAUAGCGAGAAAAAUGAGAUUGAGAAGAGGGAGGAGAGACCAAGAAGAAGCCGAUCAAGACCAAGCCAAAAUACUUAAGGGUAUGAAAGACAUAGCGAAAGACAAAAAUAUGAACCUUCAAGAUGAAGAAGAUGCUAGAGCAGAAUCUUUGAAACCGAAAAGAUGGGACGAAUCCCUGGAGAAACCCCCUCUAGAUUACUCCGAAUUUUUCGAUGAAGAAGCCGGUCAAUAUCCAGGUAUCACCAUCUGGGAAAUAGAGAACUUUCUUCCGAACAGAAUCGACGAAGUGGCUCAUGGAAAAUUCUACGAGGCCGAUUGUUACAUUAUUCUCAAGACCACCUUGGAUGACAACGAAUCGUUGUCUUGGGAGAUCUAUUUCUGGAUCGGAGAAAAGGCCCCUUUGGAUAAAAGAGCUUGCUCAGCCAUACACGCUGUUAACUUGAGGAACUAUCUUGGCGCGCAAUGUCGCACCAUAAGGGAGGAGCAGGGUGAUGAAUCGGAGGAAUUUUUGAACUUGUUCGACGCCCAGAUCACCUACAUAGAGGGCGGCAGAACUUGCAGCGGUUUCUUCACUGUAGAAGAUAUGACUUUCGAAACACACAUGUACAGAGUUCACGCAUCUGGACCGUCUAUACAUCUAGAACCUGUAGCGAUAUCGGUAAGUUCACUGGAUCCACGCUAUGUGUUCGUCCUGGACACGGGCUUGAAGAUAUUCAUCUGGCACGGCAAAAAGUCCAAAAACACCCUCAAGUCGAAGGCCAGACUGAUGGCGGAAAAGAUCAACAAGAACGAGAGGAAGAACAAGGCAGAAAUUUUCACGGUGAACAUGGGUUCGGAGGAGAAACAAUUCUGGGUGGAAUUGGGCUGUCCGGAGGGUCUCCAACCGGACCAAUUGCAGGAACAUGUCGAUCCAGAUUUCGUACCUUUCGCACCGAGACUGUACCAAGUGCAACUGGGCAUGGGCUACCUCGAGUUGCCCCAGGUUGAAGUUCCAUACGGAAAAUUGGUGCACACGUUGCUCAGAAGCAAAAACGUUUACAUUUUAGAUUGCUACCUCGAGGUCUUUGUAUGGAUCGGAAAGAAAUCCACCAGGUUGGUCAAUGCUGCUGCCGUCAAGUUGUCUGAAGAACUCUUUAACAUGAUAGAUAGGCCUGAAUACGCCAUAAUUUCCAGAGUUAGGGAAGGCACAGAAUCGCAGAUUUUCAAAUCCAAAUUUGUGGGUUGGGACGAAGUUAUAGCAGUAGAUUUUACCAGAACGGCCGAGUCUGUUCAGAAAACAGGAGCCGAUCUGACCAAGUGGGCGAAACAUCAGGAAACCAAGGCCGACCUGACGGCGUUGUUCACGCCACGUCAACCUUCGAUGACCUUGAGCGAGGCCCAGCAGUUGAUGGAGGAAUGGAACGAAGAUCUGGAGGCUAUGGAGGCCUUCGUUCUGGAGGGGAAGAAGUUUGUUAGGCUGCCCGAAGAGGAAUUAGGUCACUUCUACUCCAAGGAUUGCUACGUGUUUUUGUGUCGCUACUGGAUGCCGAUCGACGAAGACCAGGAGCCUUCAUGCAACGAGUUGGACGACUUCCAGUGCAUCGUCUAUUUCUGGCAGGGCAGAGAAGCCUCCAACAUGGGUUGGCUGACGUUCACGUUUACCCUGCAGAAAAAAUUCAAGGCCCUCUUCGGCGACAAGUUGGAGGUGGUGAGGGCUCAUCAGCAGCAGGAAAACAUGAAAUUCAUGGCCCAUUUCAAGAGGAAGUUCAUCAUCCAUCAGGGCAAGAGGAAGCAGAAACCGAAGAACCAGGUGGAGCUGUACCAUCUGAGAUCCAACGGAAGCGCCCUCUACACGAGAUUAGUGCAGAUCAAACCUGAUGCAACCUCGCUCAACUCGGCAUUCUGCUACAUCUUGAACAUACCGCUGGAACAGGAGGAUUCCGGAAUAGUGUACGUUUGGAUAGGAUCCAAGUCCGACCCCGACGAAGCCAAGUUGGUGCAGGAGAUCGCGGAAGAGAUGUUCAACAGUCCUUGGGUUAGCUUCCAGAUUUUGGCGGAAGGUGAAGAGCCGGAGAAUUUCUUCUGGGUCGGUUUGGGUGGCAGCAAACCAUACGACACCGAUGCUGAUUUCAUGAACUACACGAGACUCUUCAGGUGUUCCAACGAAAAGGGCUACUUUAUUGUAUCGGAGAAAUGCUCCGAUUUCUGUCAAGACGAUUUAGCAGACGAUGAUAUUAUGAUCCUGGAUAAUGGGGAGCAGGUGUUCUUAUGGCUGGGGGCCAAAUGCAGUGAGGUAGAAAUCAAGUUGGCUUAUAAAUCAGCGCAGGUUUAUAUUCAACAUAUGAGAGUGAAACAGCCGGAUAGGCCGAGAAAGCUCUUUUUAACAUUGAAAAAUAAGGAAUCGAAGAGAUUUACAAAGUGUUUCCACGGUUGGGGCGCUCAUAAGGCACCGCCAGAAUAAAUCUUCAUAACCAACGGUUAUUUGCUCAAAACAGUUUAGUUCUGAAGUCUUCUAAUGAUGAUGCUGUAUUAUAGAAUGUACAAUGAUUUGUGAAUUAUUUAAGCUUGAAAAUUGUUGACAUUAAUAAUUUAUUUAUAAUUUUUAUAACAUUCAAUAAAAUAUAUAACAAAGCA